AUGCGACCUUGCGACCUUGCGACCUUGCGACUUCUUUUGAGGCCCCUGUCCUGCAUCUUUUGCAUUCCCCUCCUGCAUACCGCGUGUGAAGCAACUUCGCUCCUAGCAACAAUGACGACAGACACAUCCUACGUCGUGCCCCUCCUCAUCAACGGAAAGGAGGUUGUGACCAAGACAACAUUCCCAAUCACCUCGCCUUCGUCUCACAAGGAGAUAUGGCAGGCUUCAUCUGCUUCCCUAGAGGACGCUAAGAAUGCCACCUCAGCAGCACAAGCUGCCUUCCCAGCUUGGGCCAAGAUGAAGCCUGCUGCAAAGCGCGACAUCUUCAUGAAGGCUGCCGACAUGAUUGACUCGCGCAAAGACGAGCUUGCACGCUACAUGCAGGUCGAGACGGGUGCUGCGGAGGCCUUCAGCACUGGUUUCAACGUUCCAAAGUGUGCUGAUAUGCUGCGGGAUGUCGCGGGAAGAAUGAUCACAAUCAUGGGUCACAUCCCAAUUUGCGAAGCGGACGGAACAGCCGCGUUGGUUGUCAAAGAGCCACUGGGGGUUGUUCUUGCUAUUGCGCCGUGGAACGCUCCCUAUGUGCUGGGCAUGCGUUCGAUUCUGUUUCCCCUGGCUGGAGGGAACACCGUAGUUCUCAAGGGUUCUGAAUUCUGCCCUCGUAUAUGGUGGGCUAUUGGCAACAUCCUGACGGAAGCUGGGCUUCCAGCAGGCGUCAUCAACGUGCUCUUCCAUCGAACCGAGGAUGCUGCCAAGGUCACCUCGGCCCUAAUUGAAGACCCUGCAGUGAAGAAGAUCAACUUUACGGGCUCCACAGCUGUGGGCCGUAUCAUCUCUUCUCAAGCCGGCAAGAACCUCAAGCCGGUGUUGAUGGAGCUUGGUGGCAAGGCAAGUGCUAUUGUGUGCGAGGACGCAGACUUGAAGAAGGCUGCUACACAGUGCGCUCUUGGCGCCUUCUUGCAUUCUGGCCAAAUCUGCAUGAGCUCAGAAAGGGUACUUGUGCAUAAGAGCAUCAAGCCACAGUUCCUCGAGGCAUUCAAGGGCGCCGUAGAGGGCAUAUUCGGUGGGGACAAGCCGGCACCUGUAACCGUGGUGCCUGCAGCCGUCGACAAGAACAAGAAGUUGAUAUCCGAUGCUGUGAGCAAGGGCGCCAAGGUCGUUCACGGCGACCAUGAGAAGGAGGAGGUACAUCCAGAGACCAAGGAGCCUUCCGGCACGAGGAUGCGUCCUGUCAUUGUGGAAGGUGUCAAGAAGGAGAUGGAUCUCUAUUAUACAGAGUCUUUCGGCCCUUCGGUAUCGCUCAUUGAAUACACUACCGAAGAGGAGGCCAUCGAGAUCGCCAAUGAUACUGAGUACGGUCUGUCUGGAGCCGUCUUCACGGAGAAUCUUGGCCGCGGUCUCCGCAUUGCGAAGCAGAUCGAGACUGGUGCUGUGCAUAUCAACUCGAUGACUGUCCACGAUGAAUGGGCACUUCCACACGGCGGAGCGAAGGCGAGUGGGUUCGGUCGCUUCAACGGCAACUGGGGCAUUGAGGAGUUCUUGAGAACAAAGACCAUCACGUACCAAGAGUAG